AGAGGCGGUUCGCUCUGCGACUGGGAUGUCGGUAUUAAGGCCGCUGGACAAGCUGCCCGUCCUCAACACGGCCACCAUCUUGCUGGUGGGCACGGAGGAUGCUCUUGUGCAGCAGCUGGCGGACUCGAUGCUCAAGGAGGACUGCGCCUCCGAGCUGAGGGUCCACUUGGCAAGGUCCCUCCCUCUGCCCUCUGAUGUGAAUCGGCCCCGAAUUGACCUGAUUGUGUUUGUGAUUAACCUUCACAGCAAAUACAGCCUCCAGAAUGUAGAGAGGUCCCUGCACCAUGUGGAUGCCAGCUUUUUCCUGGGGAAGGUGUGCUUCCUCACCACGGGUGCUGGGCGGGAGAGCCACUGCAGCAUUCACCGGAAUACCGUCGCAAUGCUGGCCCACACCUACCGGAGCCCCCUGCUCUUCUGUGACCUGGAGGUGGAAGAGUUUCGAGCCACCAUGGCACAACGCCUGGUGCGCAUGCUGCAGAUCUGCGCUGGUCAUGUGCCCGGUGUCUCAGCCCUGAACCUGCUGUCCUUGCUGAAGAGCUCUGAGAGUCCCUCACCAGAGGACCCCUGAGGGCCGCUGGGUCCUGGGCUGUCCUCCCCACAGCUGGAUUCUGGCUCCAUAAACAUUCACAGGCCAUGGGUCAGCAGCCAGAUAUUUUGCAGUCUCCCUGCAGGGCCCAUGCGCCUCUGUGCUCCAGCAGGGAGUGCUGGGCAAGCACCAGGAGGGAGCCCCGCGAGGAAGACUGCAACGCCCCCACUCCCAUGCUCGCUCCUGCAGAGCUCCGUGUCUUUAUCCACCUGACAUGGUGUUUCUCCACUUAAGAUUUCGUUUAA